UACAUAUAUUGCAAACAUGUAAAAUUUAACUUCUGGCGCAAUAGGAGUGUUUUUUGUCCUAUACCUGUCAUACCGAUAGGAAAUAUGACACCCGUCAUAACCGGCAAAAUGCAAAUAGGUAUAUUUUUGCACGAUGCCUACAUGAAAUAUAAGGAUCAUCAAGCAUUUGGAUUGUAUAUGUUUCUUAAACCAUUCUUGGUAAUCGCUGAUCCCGACCUUAUUCGAACGGUAUUGACAAAGGACUUUGAAAGUUUCCAAGAUCGUGGGUUACAUUUCAAUGAAAAACUCAACCCAUUGUACGACAAUUUGUUUUUUAUGAAUGGAAAUAGAUGGAAAAAUAUGCGCAAAAAGAUGACACCCAUUUUCACUCCGUACAAGAUAAACCAGAUGUUCGCUAUUGUGAAGGAAUGUGGGGAAGAACUUACAAAGUUUUUGGAGACCAAAGCAAAGAUGAGAGAGUCCGUUGAAAUGAAAGAUAUGUUUGCAAGAUAUACGAUUGAUGUAAUCAUGUCAACGGCAUUUGGUAUACAAUCCAAUUGCAUUAAGGAGCCGAACAAUGAGUAUCAAAUUCAAGGAAAGAAUAUUUUAAGGAUAAAAAUAAUACGAUUCAUCCUGUCUAUAUCCAUUCCGAAAAUUAUGGACUUUUUUUCCAUCCCCCUCACAGACCGAAGCAUUACAAGCUUCUACACAAAUAUAUUUCAAAAGACUGUGGAAUAUAGGCAAGCUCAUAAAGUGAUAAAAAAAGAUUUUAUGGAUCUGCUCAUUCAACUCAUGGAGAAAGGCCAUGUUGACGAUGACAAGAAGACCGACGUAACAUCAACCAUAAAUAAGUUUACCAUGAAAGAAGCGAUUGCCCAAAGUUUUCUCUUUUUCCUCGCUGGCUUCGAAACCUCCGCGGCGACGGCAACAUUCGCUUUAUACGAAUUGGCGCAUAAUCCAGAUAUACAAGACAAAGUUCACAAGGAAAUUGACGAAGUGUUGGCAAAACAUAAUGAUGGUCUCACCAGCACGACUAUUAAAGAAAUGGAGUAUGUUGAAAAAGUAAUAGAUGAGACUCUGAGAAAAUAUCCACCUCUUCCAAUGUUGAAUCGCAUUUGUACCAAAGAUAUAACGCUAUCAUCAACAACCGAUAUUCAUCUGCCAAAGGGGACUUCGAUUCUAAUACCAAUACUUGGGCUGCAUCGGGAUCCAUCGAUUUAUCCUGAUCCAGAUAAAUUUGAUCCGGACAGAUUCAACCUAGACGAGAAAG